AUGCCUGAAGAUGGUAUAUGUGUGAGUGCAACAUGGGACGAGCAUGGUGUCACUGUGGCUGGAGGAUUUGGACGUGGAACUGCAUUGAAUCAACUCAAUAGUCCAUGGGGAUUGCAUGUAGAUGACGAUGAUACCAUCUAUGUUGCGGAUACGAGUAAUCAACGAGUGGUCAAAUGGGCAUCAGGAGUCUCUAGUGGACAAGUAGUGGUUGGUGGAAAUGGGUUAGGCAAUCAUAAUAAACAGCUAUGGGGUGUGACAAAUCUUGUUGUUGAUAAGAAUGGAACCAUGUUUAUGUGCGAUCGUUUUAACAAGCGAGUACAGCGAUGGUAUAAGAAUGACAAUGAUGGUCAAACGAUCAUUGCAAAUAUUUCAUGUUCAGGAGUGACAAUGGAUAAUGAAGGAACGUUGUAUGUCUCCGACUUUGAAGAGAAUAGUGUAAUGAAAAUGCCUAGUGGUCAGGUGGUUGCUGGUGGAAAUAGCAGAGGAGCGGCUCUCAAUCAAUUUUCGUAUCCGAUCAGUUUAUUUGUCGAUCGGGAGAAGUCAAUUUUCGUGGCUGACUAUUAUAAUAAUCGCGUAAUGAAAUGGCCCAUCGGCGCCCAUGAAGGUAUUGUUGUGGCUAGUGAUAAUAAACAAGCAAGUGAUGAAAACCGGUUCAGUAGACCUGUUUCUGUAGCCUUUGAUCAAGUUGGCACCAUCUAUGUUCUUGACUCAUUCAAUCAUCGGGUGAUGCGUUGGUUCAAAGAGGAUGGCUCGGUCAGUGUCAUUGUUGGAGGACGAGGAUCCGGCAACGAGACAAAUCAACUAUCAUAUCCAUAUCAUAUAACAUUUGAUCGUCACGGCAAUUUAUAUGUAGCCGAUACAGCAAAUCAUCGUGUUCAAAUGUUUGCUAUUGACAAAAGCUCUUGUGCUUCAGUAAAUAGUGUAUUGGAAAAUGUUUUUUGUACAUUACCAUCAUCAAUUGAGUUAAUAAUUCAAAAUAUUCCAACAACAUUUGAGUUAAAUGUACCUUAUACAAUUAUUCUUUCUUCGAAUAAUACAUCUUUAUUAUCCUACGUAACACUUGAUAUCGAAUAUAUUGAUACAAUUUUUAAUAUAAAUAAUGAUUCUUUUUGUCUUCCAACAAAUGAAUCAUCUUCAUCAUAUAUUUACAAGACAAAAUUUAUAUUAAAAUUUGAAAAAAAUUCAACAACAACCAAUUGUAUUCAAUUAAAACUACAUAAUUAUAUGAAUUCAACAGAAAUGAUAAUAAUUAAUAUGUGUACAAAUCAUAGCACAGAUAAAAUAUUUGAUAAUGAUGAUAAAUAUGAUGUACAAUCUUAUAUGAGAACAAUUAAUACUACUGAAAUAGCACUUCUGGAUAAUUUCAAUUGGUUAAUUUUUGGACCACAUGUACGAGAAAUCUGGUACACACAUGAAGGUAUGCGAUUAAGUCGUGAAUGUGAUGCUGCAGAAGAUGGUCGUGUAGCUAUAUUUAAUAAUCCAAGAGGCAAACGAAGACUAAUCUCACGUCCGAUCGAUCUAUCAAAUGUAUCAUUAUUUUAUAUGCGUCUUGGUAGUGGAACGUGUUCACCACCUGCACCUACAGAUCCACCAUUUCAAUUAUUAAUCACAACAGAUUGUCUUAAUUAUUCAAAUUGGCUUGUUGUUUAUUCACAACAAAUUUUACCCGGUAUCGAACAUGUUACUGUACCAUUAUCAUUAAAUAAUAUAACAAAUUCUUCAACUGUAUGUUUAAAAAUUGAACAAGAUGGUGAUAAAUUUGUUGGUAGUGGUUCUUGGUUUAUAGAUGAUUUGUUAAUUACUCGAUUUCGUUUACAAAAUGAAUAUUUUUUUGAAACAUUUAAAACAAUGCGAUUAACAAAUUGGUAUCGGUUAGUUGGUGGUCACUUGAAAACAUGUGAUGGACGAAUGAGUAUGGUUUUUGAAUCACAUGUUGAUAUUCGAACAGAUAUAGGUGCUACAACCAUUGAUUUUUCUCUAUCAGGAAUGAUUGAUUAUGAGCGAGAUGCUCUUUUUUAUCUUUCAAAAAAUAGUUCAAUUGAUUGGACAAAAUGGAAUGCAACAGGUUUUUUGGACUUAAAUAAAACCUGUAAUGAUGAAGAUGUUAUUACAUUUAAUGAAGAAAAUUAUCGACAAUUAUGUUCACCAAUAAUUGAAAUUAGUCGAAUUGAUAAUGUUCGUUUUACACUUUCAACAGAACCAUGUAUGAAACGCAAUAAAUAUACUUCAACAUCAGCUGCAGUUAUAUUUCUUUCUAUCUUUUAUAAUGUUUCAACUGCUACUUAUUCAAGAACAAUACGUCGAAUAUCAUUACGUGACAUACCACAAACUCAUAAAACUUUUCAUGUUCGAUUUGAUGAAUUACGUCAUAGUACAACAUCAUUUGGUCGUAUUUGUUUAUCACAAUAUCCUCAAUCAUCAGGAAAAAAUGUUGAUGUAUGGAGUAUAAAAGAUUUUGUUGCUUUACCUUUAUUACAAUCGAAUAUUACACAUUAUAUUCAAUUGGGUUUAAAUACAAAAUGUAAUUUACAAGAACAAUUAACAAAUGGAUUAGGAGGAAUAUCAAAUCAAAAUAUUAAUAUUGAAUAUUCAAUUGAUCUUGGAAAAACUUGGCAUUUUUUAUUACAACCAUGUUUUCGUGGUUCAACUUGUUCACAUGAUGCACGACAUGUUUAUUCUUCUAGUAUUAUAUUACCAACAUCUGGAUGGCAUCGUAUAACAUUACCAUUACCAAUAGCAACAUUACAACAAGAGUAUAUACGUUUUCGUAUAAAUACUCCAUCGUUUACUAUGUCAGCUUAUUCUACAAGUAAUUCUUGGGCUAUUGAUAAAGUCUUCAUUGGACGAUGUCCUCGAGCAUGUAGUGGACGCGGUUGGUGUCAAUUAAAUUCAUGCAGAUGUGAUACUGGGUUUUCUGGUGAAUUUUGUGAAACAAGCAAUACAACAUUAUUUGAUCGACGAUCAUUUCUAAUGGAUAAUAAUGAUAAUCAAACAGAUUUACUGACUUAUCAAGGUGGUCAACUUAGUUAUAAAUGCGAUAUAAUUUCACAAGGAAAAGCAUUAGUAUUUUCAAAAUCUGGCUUUCGAUACUUACGAAUAUCAAAUAUAAAUGGUAGUUCACCAAAAUUACUUGAAUUUACACUUCGUCUUGGUAAUACAAAUGCACAAUGUUUUGGAACAAGUAAAAAUGAUCUUGAUCGAGAUUUAAAAUCAAUUUUAUUAUUAUCAUCAUGUUCAAAUGGUGUUCAUUGGACUAUAAUUGAUCAUUUUCGUAUAUCAGAUAUUCUUGCUCGAGACUUUCGAACAAUGAGUCGAAUUUUAUUUGAAGAAAAAGUUGAAAAUGAAAAUUGUCUUAUUGAAUGGAGACAAAUGACACAUGGUGGAAAUAAUCAAGAUGUUUGGGCUAUUGAUGAUAUUACAAUUCGUGAUGUUAUAUCAAAAAAAUUAAUUAAAAAAAGUCUACAUGUUAAAAAUUUUCAAACAAAAUUAACAUAUAUUCGACCAGGAUAUAUUUUUAGUUUUCGAUUAGAACUUAUACAACGAAAAGAAUCAAAAAUAUUAUUUGAUUUCGAUGAUAUUUAUCUACAAAUAAAUUCAAGUCGAAUUGAUCUUUCAAAUUAUAUAGAUAUUGUUUCUUAUCAAUCAGAAAAUUCAACAUUAACAUUAAUUAUUACACUUCCACAAUCAAUAUGGUAUAAAAAUGUUAUAUUAAAUUUAACAAUUAUAGCUACAAAAAAAUAUACUUUAAAUUUAAUUCAUCUUGGUGUUCAAUGUGAAAAUAAUUGUUGGUUUAAUGGAAUGUGUUUAGAAGGAAUGUGUUUAUAUGAACAACCAAAAUUUUUCAAUCAAUUAAUAAAUUUAUCUUUACAUGAAAAUGAUUUAAUGAAAUAUAAAAUAAAUGUAAUUAAUGAUGAAUUACUUCUACCAUUUAUUGAUUCAACGGAUCUAUCAGCUAUACAUUUUCAAACAAUAGCACGUACAAUAAUUAAAAAUAAUCUUCUAUUUGAAUGUUCACCAAAUGGUGGUGUUAAAUGGUUUGAACUUGGAGUAUGGACAGGAGAAAAAGAUAAUUCAUUAAAAGAUCAUUAUGUAUCAUUGUCUUCUUCUUGUCAAGCAAAACAUACAUUAUUUCGAUGGAAAAAUUCAUCUAUUCAAUUAUUAAAUGUAGCAUUUGUCAAAUCAUAUAUUCAACAUUAUUUUAUGGAUGAAUUCAAAAAAAUUGAUUCAUCUAAAUGGCUUUAUCCAACAUACUCAAUCAAUUCAUCAGGAUUGUAUACAAAUAAAAUUAAUCAUAUUUCAAAUAAUAAAACAAUAUUUCAAUUAAUUUCAACAGCGAUUACUCUCAAACAACAUAAUUAUGUUAUUAUGAUCGAUACUGAUUCAAAUAUGAAUAAUACACGUUUACAAGUUGAUUAUUCACUUGAUAAUAUUACUUGGCACGAAUUGAUUGAUACAAAGAAUUUUGAACGACAAAUAAAUCGUUUUGGACGACAGAUUCCAUUGAAUAUUCUUCGACGUUCAAUAUUAAUACGAAUUCAAAGUGAUCGUUUAUUUACUUUAAAUCAUAUUUAUAUUGGUCCAUCAUGUCCAGCUAAUUGUUAUGGACAUGGAAAAUGUCUUUGGAAAACUGAACAAGCUAUUUGUCAAUGUGAUAAUAAUCAAACAUCAGAAACAAAUUGUUUACAAAAGAAUUUACUUUUAUCAAGUUUAUAUGAAACAUUUGAAAAUAAAUUAAAUUCAUCUAUAUGGUCAAUAUCAUCUCAUGUUCAACUAACACAUCGAUGCUAUAAUCGACAAAGUAAAACAACACCAUACUUAUGUUUUUUACCUAAUAAUUAUACUCAUCAAAAUUAUGCUAUAAUUGGUCCAUUUAAAGCACUUAAAUAUGUUCUAUUUAAAUUUGGUUUACAAUAUGUUAGUUUAACAAAUUGUUCGAAUCAAAUACUAUUUCAAUAUUCAUAUGAUAAUGGUAUACAAUGGUAUACAAAGAAAAUUUUAGAUGAAACAAAUAAUAUAUUUGAACGAUUUGAUGAUUUAUUAAUAAAUAUGAAUAUUUAUUUACGAUGGAUUGAAGAGAAUGAUCAAUCAUGUUUAAUGUGGAAUCUACGUUCGAUUAGUAUUCGAACAAAAAAUGAUGAAAAUCUAUGGUUUGAAAAUAAUUUACAUAUAGAACAAAAAAAUGAAAUUAAUUAUGAUGCUCAAACAUGGGAAUUUCCAUUAAUUCAAUCAAGUUCAAUAAUUCAAUUUGAUUUACAAAUGUUUCCAUUAAAAAAAACAAAUAAUACAAAUUGGUAUUUAAUACUUGAAAUAAGUUCAAAUAUUAUUCAUGGAUGGUCACAUUGGAUAUCAUUAAUACCUUCGUGUAAUCAAACAAAUUUAUAUUGUGAAGAUAAAAUUGCUUCGACUGGAUCUUUAUUUCUUGCUCAAUUAUAUCAACAACAACGGAAUGUUACGAUUCCUAUACCAGAUAGUUAUGUUAAUCAAGAAGUUCGUUUUCGAUGGACAACAAGUCAAUCUAAUGCACGUUUUAUGAUUAAUAAAGUUUAUGUUGGAGCUGAUUGUCCUUGGUUUUGUUCUGGUCAUGGUUUAUGUCAAUCAAAUGGAUGUCAAUGUAAUCAUGGUUAUGUUCUACCAUUUUGUUCACCUGAUCCUUUGACAGUUUUACAAGGUGAAAUAUUACCAAUGCAACUUAAUGCGAAUUUAUCUAGUUGGUCAGAAGUAUGGGGAUAUGAAAAAUGUUCAUUGGAUGACGAACGAUAUGUUUUUUCAAAAGCAGAUACUCGUGGUUUAAUCAGUCGAGAAUUUUCUCUAGUCGGUAUAAAAUUUAUUCGUAUUGAAUUGGAUACAUGUUUCAAUCGAACUGAGGCAUUUAUUGAUCCAAUACAUGUUCAAAUUUCAUCAAAUAAUGGUAUUUUAUGGAAAACUUUAAUGACUAUAAAAUAUCGUCAAGAAUCUCCACAUAAACCUUGGCUUAUUGAAUUACCAAAAGACGAAGCAAUAAAACUUUAUUUAGUUCGUAUACGAUUAUUUCAACGAGUAACAACAAAAUGGACAUCAAUUUGGAUACUUAAUAAAUUUGAAAUGAUACCACAAAAAUUAUCUAAUCAAUUUGUUAAUAAUGGUUCUUCAGUAACAAAUCUUUGCAACUAUAAAAAUCAUAUAUUUCCUCUUGAACUCUAUUCAACAAUCGAUAUUGAAUUAAAUGAAACAUCAUUUUUAACAUUUCAAUUAGAUUCUAAUCGUUGUAUGAGUGGCUCUUCAGUAACACCAAGUCAUUUACAAUUUGAUCUUGAAUUUUCGAUUGAUUAUGGUCAAACUUGGUCAUUCAUUGAUCUACCAGCAACAAUUGCUUCUAGUACUAACGAUAUAAUCAUCACUCAACCACUUCGUGCAAUUAAAAAUAUGUUCUUUUUACCAUUAUAUGCUUACCGGUCAUUAUCAAAAUUUAUUCGUAUACGUUGGUUAGCUGCAAAUUCAACAAUUGCAACUCGUUGGCAAAUAACAAAUAUUACUAUUCGACCUGAAUGUGAAGUUUUAUGUGAAUUAGAUUCAUGUAAUGGCAAAUGUCGUUGUUCAGAAAGGAAUAAUUGUUUAUUAUCAUCAAGAAAGGCAACUUAUUUUGAACGAUUUAAUAAUAGUUUAUCUGAUCUUAUUGUAUUACCAUCAUUAAAUCUUAUUUCAACUAGAUUUAUCGAAUUUACUAUUCAUAUGAAUUGUCAACAAAAUAUUCAAAUAAUAUCAUUAGAAUAUUCUCGUAAUAUGGGUUUAAGCUGGCAACUUUUUAAAUAUAUAGUUUUAAGUGUAAAUCAAUCUUAUAUUAUACAUGAAGAUUUAUUAGAUGAAAUGAGAUAUGAUUAUGUUCAUAUUCGAUUUAUUUUUCUAUCGAAUAUUUCAAACUGUUUAAAAUUAGAACAAAUUAUUGUCAGUGGUUCGAUUAUUCUUCAAGAAAUGAUCUAUGGAAAGUUUGAUCAAUUGAAAAAUUUUAAUCCGAGGUUAUUUGUUUCGUUUGGUGAUGGAAUAUUUAAUGGAACGUAUUUAAUAUUUCCCACGAUAAAUAAAUCAAAUUUAACUAUUAAUGAAAUUAUUACUGAUGAUUUGAAUAUUUUCGAGAAUUCAUUUUAUAUUCAAUUAGCAAUCGUUCCUCUUUCGUUGAAUCGUUGUAUAAAUAUUCUAUUUUCGUUUUCAUCUGAUUAUGGAUAUACUUGGCAAUCGAUUGAUUAUAAUGAGAUAUUACUUUUUGAUGAAGGUCACACUCGACGAGUGAAAAUUUUUACUUGGGAAUUAACAUCAAUGAUGAUCGGAUCAAAUCAAGUUCGUUUUCGUAUUGAUUUUAACGAUGAACAGAUAUCAUCCAAUGAAGAACAGUUUUUCAUCGGCAUAUCAGAAUUGUAUAUUGGUUCAAAUUGUAUCAAUGCUUGUAAUGGUCAUGGAAUGUGCUCUAGCAAUGGACGAUGCAAAUGUGAUUCAAAUUGGACAAAUACUGAUUGUAGUCGAUCAUUAAUUCGUUUUCCAAAUGAAUUGAAUAUUCUUAAACAUGUUUAUUAUACAAGUUAUGGUACUACAUACAAUUCAACAUGUGGUACAAUUUUUAAUAAUACAUGUAAACGAGAAUUCGAAACAAAUUAUAUGGAUAUAAAUCAUGAACAUACAUAUGUUCAUAUUGAACUUGACGAUCGAUGUAUGUCAAAAACAUAUAUUCGAAAAAAUGGUGAUGGUUGGAUACGUCUUCAAUAUCGUCAAAUAAAUUUACAUCAAUGGAAUACAUUACAUAUCUUCAAGGAUCAUCAAUUAAAUAUUAUAAAAUUAUUACCUCAAUAUAUUCUUCAACUUCGACUUAUUCAAAAUUCUCCAAUUAUUGGUCGACCGCCAUGGUCAAUUGAACAAUUUCAUAUAUUUCAUAUUCAUUCUCAUUUACAAUGGUUUUCAUUAGAAGAUAAAAAUUAUACGAAAUGGAAUUCAACAUUUCUUAAAAUUUUAAAUACAACUAAUCAAAUUAUUUAUGAAACUAAAGAUGUUUAUUUUAAUUCAGAUUAUAUUCUUCAAAUUGAAUUUAAUUCUAUCGAUUAUAUAAACAAUAUUCUUGAAUAUUCAAUUAAUUUUGGUUUAACAUGGUUUGAAAUAUCGAAUGAAAAUGAAUUAGAAAUUAUACCAAUUAAAUUUAAUCAUGAAAAUAUCACAUUCUAUCGUUUAACAGUUCCAUUUUAUUUUUUUUCAAUACAAAAUAAUUCUAUUCGGUUUCGAUUUAAAUUUUCAUCAAAUUGUACAACAAAUAAUCUUCAAUAUAUUUAUAUAGGAAAUAAAUGUUUAAUGAAUUGUUAUGGUAAUACACGAUGUAUUAAUGGAGAAUGUCAAGUGAUGAAUGCCAUCACUCCUCUAGUUGAUUUUCGAGAAACAUUUGAAAAAGACUUUAAUCCUACGAAUUGGUUACAAUUAGAACUUUAUCGACAUGAAAUAAAUAGAAUUCUAUGGACAACAACAAAUCGACAGGCUAUUACUCGACCAAUUGAUUUAAGACCAAUGCGUGCUAUUAAAUGGACAUAUAAUUUAGAAAAUAUUUCAAAAACAUGUAAUGCUUCAAUUUAUUUAUUAAUAUCAACAGAUGGUACAUUAACAUGGUCGAUUCUUCAUCGAUUUGAUAUACCAAUUAAAAAUAUAACAACAUUAAAUACAUCUAUUGAAUUAUUUGUUGAACUUAAGAUUCUUAAUACAAAAUAUCAUGUAGGACAAUUUCGAUGGUUUCAACCAUUAUCUUCUAAAUGUAAUAAUUUUACAUGGGGACUUUCAAAAAUAAUAUCAAUAAAAUCAAUUAAUAUUGAUUUUAUAACUGAUUAUUUUUAUGCAAUAUCAUCAGCACGUUCAAAUUGGGAAUCCAUUGAUGGUGCUUUAUUUGCUCAACCUGAUCAAUGCAAUAAUAAUAUACCUGCUUUAAUAUUUCAUGAAACUUCAUUCUCAGUUAUUACUGUACCUAUUCUCAUACAACAAUUUCAUGUUCUUGUUCUUCAGUUUAAUACAAAAUGUGAUCAAAAUGUGAAUAUGAAAACAUUACAAUGUCGUAAUUUAACAACUAUAAUUGAAUAUCGAACUGAUUUAUCAUUAAAAUGGACAAAACUUAUUAAUAUGGAGGAUUUAGCAUGUCGAACAAGUUUAAUUAAUGGAGGCUAUUUUAAUAUGCAUACUAUCAAACUACCAUUUGAAACAUAUUCAAGGUAUGAUGGUUAA